GCCGUUUGGCGCGGCGGCGAUGGGCGGAGCUCUGGCGAGGCCCAGCUGGUUGAGCUCCCCCACUCUGGGUCGAGCGAACCGCUUCCUGAGCACGGCGGCCGUCAGCCUCAUGACCCCCAGACGACCCCUGACUCAGCCGGAGAAGGUGAAGGUGCGAACACUCGCCGUGGAGCAGAGGACCGAGGAGGACAUCGAGGGUAGUCACGGUAACGACGGCCUGUUGCUGGGGAGACCGCUGGAAGAGCCCGAUCAGCCAAUCGCAGACAAGUCUCUGCUGGAGAUCGUGGACGGCAUCGUGAUGAUGUACAACCUGAGCGUCCACCAGCAGCUGGGCAAGAUGGUGGUGGUUUCAGACGACGUCCAUGAAUACGCCGUCGCUCUGAAGGACACCGAGGAGAAGAUCGCACGCUGUCCCGCCAGAAGAGCGGACAUCCUGGACGAGCUCCAGAAGAGCCAGAAGGUUUUCGCAGAGAAGCUGAACCACCUGAGCAGGAGGCUGGCCUGGAUCAACGCCACCAUCUACUCCAAG